AACAGCUGUGUUGGAGUUGCUCACAGGAGUCGUCAGUGAAGUAAACUGAUUUUGAACGUCAUGUGUGAUUGAACGGGAGGACUGCAGUCAUCACAGGCAGGCUUGACGGCUUCUUUGGCAAAUCUCGAUGAUAUUGGAUCAUAAUAACAUUUUUGUUGUGCAUUGGACCGAAGAAAAUGUCCUACUAACCCAAUAAAUGAUUCUCUACUUUCCCUACCUUUACUAUAGUUAGUUUACAGUUUUGCAGCAUCCUUUAAGUUAGUAAUUCUCCGAGGAGUUGUUUACCCUGCAGAGCUGCAGCCAUGCAGCAGGAGCUUUUGUUCAAAGUCCUGGUCAUCGGGGACUUGGGAGUCGGAAAAACGUCCAUCAUCAAGCGGUACGUGCAUCAGAUCUUCUCCCAGCACUACCGAGCCACCAUCGGAGUGGACUUCGCCCUUAAGGUGCUGCAGUGGGACAAUGACACUGUGAUCCGGCUACAGCUGUGGGACAUAGCAGGACAGGAGCGGUAUGGGAACAUGACUCGUGUCUAUUACCGGGAGGCGGUGGGAGCGUUGGUGGUGUUUGACGUGACGAGGGCCUCCACUUUUGACGCCGUGCUGAAGUGGAAGGAUGACUUGGAUUCCAAGGUGACCCUGAACCACGGGAGGCCAGUUCCAGCUGUACUCCUGGCCAAUAAGUCCGACCAGCUGGGUUCCCAGCAGCCCAAACUCGACUCCUUCUGCAGGGAAAACGGCUUUGUAGGCUGGUUCGAGACCUCUGCAAAGGAAAACGCAAACAUCGAGGAGGCAGUGCGCUGCUUGGUGGAGCACAUUCUGAACAACGAGGAGAGCCCGGUGGUGGAGCGAGACCCCAGCUCCCUCGUCCUCUCUGGAUACACUAACUCCACAAAGGAUAAUUCCAACUGCUCGUCAUGUGUGAAAUGGUGACUCCUGACCAAUCAUAGACAACCAGGAAGUGAACAACUGUGAGGCCACGGCCACAGAGAUAAGUUUGGCUCAGGGAAAUUGCCUUAGGCUAUCGUGAUUACUGAAGAAAACUGUAAAACAUGUUGAACUUUGUACCAAUGUUCAUGGGCUGUGUUCACACUGCAGGCCAACAGGAGAUCUUGAGCACAACUUUAAAUACAUUUAGACGUGAAGAUCCUUUAAAUGUCUGACAUUUAGUUUUUUUUAAUUCAAGGUAGUAUAAAAAGUCCUAAAUUUAGGAAGAUAGGCCUUAGCUGAAGGCCUUUCAGACUGAUAUGUCAACUUUUUUAUUUUUAUCGUUAAGAAAAUUGUACAGUAUUAUGUUUUUUAUUAAGUCAUUGUCACUUUUGCAUCUGCAGUGUGAACACUGACAUAGAAUCAUGAAGCCUUCAUGCAGUGUUUGCACUUUUCUCAGCCGAUCAUCAUGCAAUCUGUUAUUAGAUCAGUGGACAAGAGUGAGUCAAAUUAAGUAAUUAAGAGAUGUAAAAACAGCUAAAACUGCAAAUGCUUAAAAUGUUCUAAAUGUUAUGCAUAAUGUGGACCUAAUAUUGUGCUGACUAUACCACAAAGGCCUGAGAUGAUUCAUUUGAGAUUUACCAAAGUGAACUUGAACCUCAAAUUAAACCUUGUGGUUAAAUACAA